AUGUUUAUAAGAUAUCUUUCUUAUUGUACAGGGGAGAAGGGAGAUAAGGGAGACCCAGGCUCUCCGGAAAUUACAUAUGAUUCUGUCAUUAUUAUUUCAGCGGCAAGGAAUUGUAAGGAGCUCCUGGAGAAAGGCUUCACUAUCAGCGACUGGUAUACAAUUUUGCCAAAUGGAAAGAAUCCAUUAAAAGUGCUUUGUGACAUGCACACUGAUGGGGGAGGCUGGAUUGUUUUUCAGAGGCGCUGUGAUGGAUCUGUGGAUUUCCUGCAAAACUGGGAGUCUUACAAGAAGGGGUUUGGUAGCCGCUUGACAGAGUUUUGGUUGGGGAAUGAAAAUAUUCACAUGAUAACGUCAUCAGGGACUUGGGAAUUGCGAGUGGAUCUUCAAGGCUUUGACACCGUCAAGCAUUUUGCUAAAUACAGCUUUUUUAAAAUUCUGGGAGAAUCUGAGAAGUUUAAGCUAGAAAUCAGAAAAUUCACAAGCGGUAAUGCAGGAGAUUCUUUGACAUACCACAAUGGAAUGUUGUUCUCCACCGUAGACCAAGACAAUGACAGAGAUGCCAGAGAUUGCGUCCAACUCUAUAAAGGUGCCUGGUGGUACAAUCAGUGCCACCAAUCCAACUUGAACGGACGUUACCUGCUUGGAAAUCAUGAUACCUUUGCGGACGGUAUGAACUGGAACUCUGGGAAAGGAUAUAACUACUCUUACAAACAGUCUGAGAUGAAAAAUCAGACCUGCCUAAUGGGGUAUACAACCUGA